CAGUUCCCAUGGUUCAUAGCAUGCGAGCGAGUUGUGUUGACAUCUGCCGGUAGGCCAGCAGUCACACGCUUCUCACAGACCGUUCUGCAAAGCGAUUUGGAAGAACCUUCUGGAGGAGCAGUGUUUGGAUGAGAGCGUCAGAGAACAAUGUCUCCUCCUCGACUCACAGGGGCUCUGCGCUCCUUCUCCACUGUCAGCAAGAAGGAGGAUUUUAAUGAACAGCUCUACGAUCUGAAGACCAAGCGGCUGAAGAGGCGGGAGCUGUUUGCCAGAGAGGGUCUGACGUGGCAGAAGAUUGUCCAUCUCUGCUCGGAGCAUCAGGACAACGCUAAACAGCAAGCUGAACUGAAGAGCCUCCUUCAGGCAGCCAAGGAAAUUGUGGGGACUGAACAUGGGCAGGCCGCCGUUGAAAGUGCAGCUGUGUUUCUGUUUGAGACUUUCCACAACAAAGACCAUGUGGGCACAGAGGAGACCCGGGCAAUCAAGCAGAUGUUCGGGCCCUUCCCCUCCUCUGCAGCUGAGGCCUCCUGUGCCUGUGUGGCUCGGCUGGUGGCUCCACUCGGAGACUCCAGGGUGGAGAACUUUAUCCAGAGCCUGUCCUCCCGUCACAACCCCCAACGAGGCCCUUCUUUUGGACGUAACAUCGCCUUCUCGUAUGACUGCUAUGCUCUGGACCCGCUGGAGGAGCUGCCCUGCUCUGACGUCAACGAGGAGAACGUGAGUCUCGACUUCAUCAACUUCCUCAACCACCAGCAGAGCGGGAGGAAUGUCCCCAGUGAGGAAGCUUCAGGAAGUUCUCUGAGCUCUGGGGAGGGAGCCAUCCUGAGAUCAGAGGUGGAGAAGUAUCUAAAUGGAGGCAACAUGAUCUCAUCCAGCCCGGAGGAGCUCUGCACCUCCCUGUUUGAAAUGCUGACCUCCCACAAGAGCGACGACGAGCUGCAGAAUGAGCUGUUCGAGCUGCUGGGCCCAGAGGGGCUGGAGAUGAUCUCCACCCUCCUCCAGCGAAGGGCAGCCAUCGUGGACUCCCUCAUCUCCAUGCCACCUGACAGGACUGGCUACACACCAGAUGUGAGCCGAUUAGCCAUUGGAGAAGCCAAGCCCACCUUUGCGUGCCAGGUGACCAUCCAGUCAGAGCAGGAGAAACAGAUGAUGAAGUUGUACCGCAGAGAGGAGAAGAGAGAGAGGAAGAGAGGAAAAGGAGGAGAAGAAGGCGAAUCCUCAGAUGCUGCCCUGACCUUUGACCCCCGAGAGAUGAGAACUCAGCGGGAGCAGGCGCUGCUGACUGCACGGCGGGAUCCUAUACUGAGCAGAGAGAGAGUGUACGAACGCAUCCGAUAUCCCAACGUCUAUGACUGCCAUGCAGAAGCCGCAAAGACGCCUGCGUUUGUUGGUGGAGCCAAGAUGAUGCUUCCUGAGGGAAUCCGCAGAGACAACACUAAGAUGUAUGAAGAGGUGGAAAUCCCACCCAACGAUCCCAUGCCCAUCGGCUUUGAAGAGAAGCCCGUCUUCAUCUCUGAACUGGAUGAGAUCGCACAGCUGGUGUUUAAGGGCAUGAAGCGUCUGAACAGGAUCCAGUCUCUGGUGUUUGAGACGGCCUACAACACCAACGAGAACCUCCUGAUCUGCGCUCCCACCGGCGCCGGCAAGACCAACAUCGCCAUGCUGACCGUGCUUCAUGUGAUCAACCAGCACCUGCAGCCCGGGGGGGUCAUCAAGAAGGACGAGUUCAAGAUAGUGUACGUGGCUCCGAUGAAGGCCUUGGCAGCUGAGAUGACUAAUUACUUCGGUAAGCGAUUGGAGCCACUGGGCAUCACAGUUAAAGAACUCACCGGGGACAUGCAGCUAACCAAAGGAGAGAUCCUACGAACACAGAUGUUGGUGACGACUCCAGAGAAAUGGGAUGUAGUGACCAGGAAGAGUGUUGGAGACGUGGCUCUCUCCCAGAUCGUGCGUCUCCUCAUCCUGGAUGAAGUCCACCUCCUACAUGAGGACCGAGGACCGGUUCUGGAGAGCCUGGUGGCCCGCACCAUCAGACAGGUGGAAUCCACCCAGAGUAUGAUCAGGAUCCUGGGACUCUCAGCCACGCUGCCCAACUACCUGGACGUGGCCUCCUUCCUGCACGUCAACCCCUACAUCGGCCUGUUUUUCUUUGACAGUCGCUUCAGACCUGUGCCCCUCGGACAGACCUUUGUUGGCGUCAAAGCCACAAACAAGAUCCAGCAGCUUCAUGACAUGGAGGAGAUUUGUUACAACAAAGUUCUGGAGCAGGUUAAAGACGGUCAUCAGGUGAUGGUGUUUGUCCACGCCCGUAAUGCCACAGUGAGGACGGCAAUGGGUCUGAUCGAGAUGGCCAAGAACCAUGGAGAGAUAGGCUUCUUCCAACCAAACCAGGGGGCAGACUACGGCCACUGUGAGAAACAGAUCCAGCGCUCCAGAAACAAGGAGAUGAAGGAGAUGUUCCCAGAAGGCUUUGGGAUCCAUCAUGCCGGCAUGCUGCGCUCCGACCGCAGCAUGAUGGAGAGCAUGUUCUCCAAAGGCCACCUGAAGGUGCUGGUGUGCACCGCCACUCUGGCCUGGGGAGUCAACCUGCCGGCACACGCAGUCAUCAUCAAGGGGACUCAAAUCUACGAUGCCAAGCGUGGGACCCUGGUGGAUCUAGGCAUCCUGGACGUCAUGCAGAUCUUUGGACGUGCAGGUCGUCCGCAAUUUGACAAGUACGGUGAGGGCACCAUCAUCACCACCCACGACAAACUGAGCCACUACCUGACCCUGCUCACCCAGCAGAACCCCAUCGAGAGCCAGUUCCUGGACAGGCUGGCCGACAACCUGAACGCUGAGAUCGCUCUGGGGACCGUCACCAAUGUGGAGGAGGCUGUGAAGUGGCUCAGCUACACCUACCUGUUCGUCCGCAUGAGGGCAAACCCACUGGCAUACGGCAUCAACCACAAGGCCUAUCAGAUGGACCCCUCCCUGAUGCUGUACAGGAAGGAGCUGGUGGUGGAGGCCGGCAGGAAGCUGGACAAGGCCCGCAUGAUCCGCUUCGAGGAGCGCACUGGGUACUACGCCUCCACCGACAUGGGCAGGACCGCCAGCCACUUCUACAUCAGAUACAACACCAUCGAGACCUUCAAUGAAAUGUUCAACUCUCAGAGGACAGAAGCAGACAUCUUCAGCAUCGUGUCCAAGGCUGAGGAGUUUGACCAGCUGAAGGUGCGUGACGAGGAGCUGGAGGAGCUGGACCAGCUGCUGAGUAACUACUGUGAGCUGCCGGCUGCGGGGGGGGUGGAGAACGGCUACGGGAAGAUCAACGUGCUGCUGCAGACCUACAUCAGCCGGGGGGAGGUGGACAGCUUCUCCCUCAUCUCUGACCUGGGCUACGUGGCUCAGAACUCUGCUCGUAUCGUCAGGGCUCUGUUUGAGAUCGCUCUGAGGAAGCGGUGGCCGGCCAUGACCUACCGCCUGCUCACCCUCUGUAAGGUGAUCGACAAGCGGCUGUGGGGCUUCGCCCACCCCCUCCGUCAGUUCCCCAACCUCAGUCACCUGGUCCUGAACCGCCUGGAGGAGAAGAAGCUCACCGUGGACAAGCUGAAGGAAAUGAGGAAGGAUGAGAUCGGUCACAUGCUGCACCAUGUGAACAUCGGACAGUCGGUCAAACAGUGUGCCCACCAGAUCCCUGCCAUCACCAUGGAGGCCAACAUCCAGCCAAUCACACGCACCGUGCUCCGCGUGCGGCUCGUCAUCACGCCUGACUUCCGCUGGCACGACCAGCGGUGACGGCUAUGUGUAACCCGGAGUUUGAGAGCCUGUUCAAGUUCACUCACUUCAAACCCCAUCCAGACGCAGAUCUUCCACACGCUGUACCACACCGAACACCAACGUCCUGCUGGGGGGCGCCAACGGGCUCCGGGAAAGACCAUCGCUGCAGAGAUGGCCAUGUUCAGGGGUCUUCAGCCAGUAUCCCGGCGCUAAGGUCUGACCGGCUCUGUGUGCUUCAUGGUUACAUUAAAGGGGCCUUUCCUGUGAGGGAGGGGGGACUUGUUGCUAAAACCUUUCAAAAGUGGUGUACAUCGCCCCCCAUGAAGGCCCUGGUGAGAGAGAGGAUCGAGGACUGGAGGGUCAGGAUUGAGGAGCAACUGGGGAAGAAAGUGGUGGAGCUGACAGGGGACGUGACCCCCGACAUGAGAGCUAUAUCACAGGCUGACCUCAUCGUCACCACUCCGGAGAAAUGGGACGGAGUGAGCAGGAGCUGGCAGAACAGAAGCUGUCAGAAAGUGGCCAUCCUCAUCAUCGAUGAGAUCCACCUGCUGGGGGAGGACAGAGGUCCAGUGUUGGAGGUGAUUGUGUCCAGGACCAACUUCAUCUCCUCUCACACGUCUAAGAGAGUCCGAGUGGUGGGUCUGUCCACGGCUCUGGCCCAUGCUCGAGAUCUGGCCGACUGGCUGGGCAUCGGACAGGUGGGUUUGUUUAACUCGCCAUCUGUUCGCCCUGUACCGCUGGAAGUUCACAUCCAUGGUUUCCCGGGGCAACACUACUGCCCUCGCAUGGCCAGCAUGAACAAGCCUACCUUCCAAGCGAUACGCAGCCACUCCCCAGCCAAACCAGUGCUGAUCUUUGUCUCCUCCCGACGGCAAACCCGACUGACCGCCCUGGACCUGAUCGCCUACCUGGCCACAGAGGACAACCCCAAACAGUGGCUGCACCAGGACGAGAGAGAGAUUGAGGCGAUCAUUGCCACAGUGAGGGAUUCCAACCUGAAGCUGACGCUGGCCUUCGGGAUCGGCAUGCAUCAUGCAGGCCUGCAUGAGAGGGACAGGAAGACCGUGGAGGAGCUGUUCGUCAACUGCAAGAUCCAGGUUCUGAUAGCCACCAGCACUCUGGCCUGGGGGGUGAACUUCCCUGCUCACCUGGUGGUCGUCAAGGGAACGGAAUAUUAUGAUGGAAAAACCAGGCGCUACGUGGACUACCCCAUUACAGAUGUUUUGCAGAUGAUGGGGCGAGCAGGUCGGCCUCAGUUUGAUGACCAGGGCAAAGCUGUGAUCCUCGUCCAUGACAUCAAGAAGGAUUUCUACAAGAAGUUCCUCUAUGAGCCGUUCCCUGUGGAGUCCAGCCUCCUCAGUGUGCUGCCAGACCAUCUGAAUGCGGAGGUGGCUGCAGGAACCAUCUCCUCCAAACAGGACGCCAUGGACUACAUCACCUGGACCUACUUCUUCAGGCGGCUGGUGAUGAACCCCAGUUAUUACAACCUAGAAGACGUCAGCCACGAGUCCAUUAACAAGUUUCUGUCCAACCUGGUGGAGAAGAGCCUGCGGGACCUGGAGUGCUCUUACUGCUUAGAGAUAAAGAGGUUUGAUGAUCAGACCAUUGAGCCACUGACCUAUGGUCGCAUCUCGUCCUACUACUACCUGAAGCACCAGACCAUCCGCACCUUCAAAGAGCGGCUGAGAGCCGAGCUGCCCCUCCACGAGCUGCUCUCCGUCCUCACCGAUGCAGAAGAGUUUUCGGAGCUGCCCGUCAGACACAACGAGGACCAGCUGAACAGCCAGCUGGCUCAGCAGCUCCCCCUGAAGGUCAACCCACAUUCCUACGACAGCGCCCACACCAAGACCCACUUGCUGCUGCAAGCCCACUUCAGCCAUGCCCAGCUGCCAUGCAGCGACUACAACACCGACACCAAGACGGUGCUGGACAACACCAUGCGAGUCUGUCAGGCUAUGCUGGAUGUAGCUGCUAACGAAGGCUGGCUGGUGGCUGCUCUCAGUAUCUGUAACCUGGUGCAGAUGGUGGUGCAGGGCCGCUGGCUGCACGACUCCCCCCUGCUGACCCUGCCUCAUGUGGAACAGCAGCACCUCUAUCUGUUCAGCAAAUGGGCAAACAAGAAGGGAAGGAGCAGUGGGGGGGGGCCCAGUGGGCAGAUCGAAGGACUUCCUGAGCUGAUCGCUGCCUGCAACGGGAAGGAAAGUGUUUUCGCUGCCAUUGUUGGCCAAGAGCUUCAAUCCAGUCAGAUCGCCCAGGCCUGGUCCUUCCUGAGCCACCUCCCGGUGCUGGAGGUGGAGCUGAGUGUGAAGGGCUGGUGGGAGGAGAGCCGGGAGCAGACGGAGCGCCGCCUCCCCGCAGCAGGAGCCCAGCGGGGGGGGGAGGGCGGCUGGCUGCAGGUCCACGCUGACCAGGAGUACGUCCUGCAGGUCGCUCUGAGGCGCAUCAACGCGGGCCAGCAGAGGAGGAAGCAGGACAGCAAGGCGCAGGCUCCCAGGUUCCCCAAGCUGAAGGAUGAAGGCUGGUUCCUGGUGGUGGGGGAGGUGGACCGCCGGGAGCUGCUGGCCGUCAAACGGAUCGGAUACGUCCGCCAGCGCACAGCUGUGUCCGUGGCCUUCUACACUCCAGAGAAGACCGGGAAGUGCAUCUACACCCUGUACCUGAUGAGCGACUGCUAUCUGGGUCUGGACCAGCAGUACGACAUCCACCUGAACGUAACCCCCGCCAGCAUCAGUGCUCAGGUGAACACAGAGGUGACUCAGUGAGCGACCCCCCCCCCCCUCAGGAUCCUCAUGCUGCACAGAUUGGGAUGUGAUAUGUUGCUCCGUGCACUUUGAAUCAGCUGCUCUGACGCUUCACAUCCUCACUGCAUUGCAUUCUGGACUAUUGAAGCUGCUGUUGUGUCUCCUCUACUCUGGAUCUCUCUGAUUAUUAAAUAUCUGUCAAAUACAGUGGUGCAGGGAUGAUGUUUUUUCCCUUGGAAUUUGGACAAAUGCAGAAAAUAAGAUCUUUGGCAAACACGUUUUUUAUGAUACUUACGUUUUUGCCAGCAGGAUCAUAUCCACAGAUUAACACCACGUUUAUAAUAAUAGAAGCUUUAAUAUCAUUUCCAGAAGCUAACGUGAGGAUAUAAAGGAACAAUAUCAUCUUCGCAUUACUUCACGUCACCACCGCUAAGCUAAAGGUGGCUAAUGUUUGGCGUGACUACAAAAUGAGAACAUCUCUUCAGCUUGUGUUGACCAUAGAUCAUAUCAAAAACAGAUUUAAAAAAGAAUCAACACUGAGACAAGCAAACCAGAAGGGCUGAAAUGCUGACUCAUUUCCAGGUUUUCGGACUCAUUCCUGCACCACUGUAUUUGCAUCAGAAACAAAGUCUUUCAAAGGGAAAGGUUUAAUUAAAGAUAUUUGAUUUGAAGUUUUCCUUUUGUUGAGUUAACCUAAUUUACCAGUAAUGAUCAUCUGGAACUGUAAACGGUGUUGCUCCUUAACCACGCCUCGGUCAGUGAUGUCACAGCUGGCACUUAUCCUUUGACCAUUUUUCUAUUUCAUCAGAAGUCUGUUUUUCUAGACCAAAUAUGUUAUACACACAUGUCUGUGAAAUAAAGAUUGUUUUGUCUAAAAGAA